AUGAGGAUGGUGAACACAACAUCGGCGUCAUCCUCUUCUUCUUGGGCAGACUUACAAUCGAAAUCAGAAAGCACCGAAACGGGAUUGAAAAUGAAAGAGCAAGCGGAACAGAGGAAAGGGGGAAAAGCUGAACCACACGUGGAUAAUCUGCUGCAUUUAUACAGCGCGAAAUCGGAAGAUGACGUGCGAUUGACGUUAUAUAGAGACCACGCGGCGUGGUGUCCGUAUUGCCAAAAAACGCUCUUGAUGUUACUCAUAAAACGCGUUCCGUUUCGAGUCGAAAAAAUUAACAUGCGUUCGUACGGUGAUAAGCCGAAAGCAUUCUUAGAUAAAGUUCCAAACGGCCUGUUACCCGCGAUAGAGCUCGACGGCGAAUUGAUGACGGAAAGUCUUCAAAUCAUGGCACGAAUUGAGAGAGAGUUUACCGGUCCAGAAUACAAAGUUAUGGUUCCCGAACAAGAGUUUGAUAGAGUAAACCAACUUUUGGGAAUGGAAAGAGAAUUAUUUGGAGCGUGGUGUGGAUUCAUCUUUCGCCCGUCGAUGCCAUUUGGCGUCGGAGGGGCGAGAGGCGGAUUCGAGGCUACAUUAGACCGAAUUGAACAAGCGCUGGGAGUUACUGCCGGACCGUGGUUUUUGGAAAAUCAAGAACAUCCGAGUCUCGUAGAUUUACAGUUUGUCAGUCACGUGGAGAGAAUGAACGCUUCGUGUGUAUAUUGGAAAGGGCUAAACUUGCGAGGAAAUAGCAGAUGGAAAAACAUCGAACGAUGGUUUCAAGCGUUUGAGGAGAUCCCAGAAUAUAGAGCCACGAAAUCGGAUUAUUACACGCAUGUGAUGAACAUUCCGCCGCAAUAUGGACCUGGUUACGAAGAUAACACGGCUGAAGUCAAAGAAGCGAUGCGCAUCAUCAACGGAGAAGGAGAUAGCUGGAGACUCCCGAUUCAAUUGAAUACGAAUUCUUUGGAACCUAUUAACGCGUGCGAUGUUGGGAAAGAAGAAGAAGCCCGACAUGAAGCUGCGUAUAAACUCAUAUCUAAUUCGAAAAAUGUCGCCAGAUUUGCCUGUCGCGGCGCCGGCGAAGCAGGAAGGAAACAAUUUCAGGCACCGCUUGCGGAUCCAUACGCAGUUCCAAACGAGAAAUACGUGGACUCGGUCGAUGCAUGGUUGCGAAUCGUCGCCGACGCUAUGCUUGACGGCUCGGCUGAGCCACUACAACCGUCAGAACCGAAGAAGGACAAAGAAAUCGCAAAGUGCCUGCGCUACUUGAGAGAACGAGUCGGUGUCCCGAGAGACAUGAGUUAUCCGGCUGCGAUGCAAUUCCGUGCACAUCUCAAUUGGGCCAUCGACCAAUUAGAUUGA